AUGGACGUUCUUAUUGCAAAAGCAGUGGAGCGACUCGGAAAGAAGAAGCUUUGGGUCCUCGUACACGUUGUAGACAAACUACCAGAGUCCGAGCGCACGGUUGGUGGUGUGCGGAAUGCAUUUCGCAGCAUCAAUGUUUUUAUAAACGAUAUUGAUUUUGCGAUGCUCGCUUCUCAGUUUGGCCGCCGUUGCGGUGGGGUUGGGAUAUUGAGGGGUGUCACAACUGUGACUGAUGAGAGUGCUCCUUUUGACGUCGAAACUUUUAAACGCUCGUUUCUCCCUUCGCUGUCGCCACGGCGGCAGUACGUCGUGUCGCUGUCGUUGAAGCGUGUCCCCACGGAUGGCUCUGGAUUCAUUACCUUUGAUGAAUUAAUGAAGGUGUACGACACUGCAAGGCACCCUAAACUUCUUUUGGGGUGGGAGGCCCAAGCGCUUGAACGAAUGUUUCUUAAUGACUUUUGGGAGGCCCAUUCGGACGGUGGUAUCACGGUGGAGGAACUAACGGCAUAUCUUGUUGGUAUCUCUCACAAAACGGUACGUGAUGAGGACUUUGAGCUCCACUGCAUUCGCAGCUUUUCGCUGGAUCGACCGAAGGUAAGCCUGGAAGAGCGAAUGGCUUCAGCUGCCUCUACUGAUAUCAGACUCAAAAGCAUACACGGAACCAAGCAGCAUCCCCUAUACCAGGCAUCAUCAUCAGACUACGGAAAGGGAUGGGAGACUGUAAAAUACGACGGCAAGUUCGCCUGCAAGUACACUUUCACUAAAAAUUUGCAGAGCCAGUGCACAAUGGGACCCAACACCAUGAAUAUGUGA